AUUUCUUUCAACGCGAUUUUUCUUUCUCCGAACCGAAUCUAUUUUGGUUUUUUUUUGUUACUCGAAAUUAGGGUUUUACCCGGCAACGGCGACUUUUUUCCAAAAUUUCUUUCAACGCGAUUUUUCUUUCUCCGAACCGAAUCUAUUUUGGUUUUUUUUUGUUACUCGAAAUUAGGGUUUUCAUUUCUGAACCGAAUCUAUUUUGGUUUUUUUUUGUUACUCGAAAUUAGGGUUUUCAUUUCUUAACGAUGAACGUUGCAACUUGUUCGAUGCUUCGUUUACAGUUUCCAAUCUGGAGCUUCACAAAACCCCUAAUCUCUACGCGCUUCAACAUGCGUUUGUUAUCCGUUCGAAAUUGCUCAGCUUCAUCCAUAUCCACCACCACCACUGAACCCACAAAGUCGAAGAAGAAUGAACCCUGGUUAAUCGUCGGCCUCGGUAAUCCCGGUAAAAAGUACGCUGCUACACGCCACAAUGUGGGAUUUGAAAUGGUUGAUGCUAUAGCUGAAGCUGAAGGGAUUUCUAUGAGUAGUGUUUCCUUCAAAGCUCUAUUUGGAAAAGGUUUUAUAGGCAAUGUACCAGUGUUACUUGCAAAACCACAGACUUUUAUGAACUUAAGUGGUGAAUCUGUUGGGGCCAUAGUUUCAUAUUACAAGAUUCCAUUGAAGCAAGUAAUUGUGAUCUUUGACGACUUGGACCUGCCUUUUGCUAAACUGCGGCUUCUACCAAAGGGUGGACAUGGAGGUCACAAUGGAAUGAAAAGUGUUAUUAAUCACUUAAAAGGGAACUCUGGUUUUCCUCGCUUAAGAAUUGGUAUUGGACGACCUCCAGGGAAAAUGGAUCCUAUCUCAUUCGUUCUUCGACAGUUCACUAAACAGGAAAGAGAAGAACUGAAUUUUACCCUACAACAUGGAUUAGAAGCCGUGCGGAUUAUUUUGUUGGAGGGAUUUGAUAAAGGCGCAACAUUUGUUAAUACUGCCAAAAAGAUAGAGCAAAUUGGCUGAGGGACUGCACACUUAGAACAUCUUUUUGACAACUAAAAGCAACAGGUCUGUCUUGCAAGGAGACACAAGUUAUUACAUAAGCACUAAACUCAUUCAAGCCUCUAUUGAUUCGAAAGAACUGUGUUUGAGCAAGUAAAUAGUAUUCAUCAAUUAGUUCAGAAAGCAGUUCAGGUUCCAUAACAGUGAUUUCGAACCCAAUGCGUUUCAUCAGUUGAGUAGUUAUGUAUUAUUAGCUCUUUGAGUUAAUCAUUUUCCUCAUUCUUUGGGUCGCUUGGCCUCUUGUAUACUUUUAUAUAAUGUAUAAUAAAGAUGAUAAAAAGAGAGUGUUUAUAUGUUUUAUAUGGGAUGGCAUUUUCUUCAA